AUGACUGCGCUAAUUUUUCGACACGAGAAACUACACGCUGAUUUAUUCCAGUACUUGUGGAUACCUAUGAGUACUACACGAUUGUAUGGCACUGCUGUUAUACAACCUUGCAAUGAACAGCGUGAUUUAUACCAAACACUCGGUGUUGAAUCAUCUGCUACAGCAAAAGAAAUUAAAGCAGCUUAUUAUCAAUUAUCAAAAAUUUAUCAUCCAGACAGACAUGAUGGUGAAGAACAGAAGAAUUUGGCUGCUGAGAAAUUUUUACAGGUAGCGGAAGCAUACGAAGUUUUAUCAUCCGAUGAAAAACGAAAAAUUUAUGAUAAGAAAUGCCAAGAAAGUUGGAUACAAACACCAACCGGAAGUUGGCCGACGCAGAUGAAAGUGAAAAAGAAUUUUGAGGAUUUGGGAUUAGAUUACAAAACCUUCGAAGACUUUCAACGUAGCGUAAAUACUAGAAAACAACGGACUAAACAUGAUCACUGGCAAAUGCCCGAUGAAUUUUUCGCUCACUUCGGCAGUCACCAUAAAUUCACUAAUACUUUCCGUCCACGAACAGCAACUUAUUUUACUUAUAGUUACAAGGAUCCGAUGCAACGACAACGUGAGAUGAAAGAAUGGAAAAUUCUGAUGGAAAUUGAGGAAGAAAAACGGAAAUCUAAAUAUAAAACACCAGCCUUUGUGGUAAUGGAAAGGGAACGAAGAAAGCGAGAGCUAAGCGAAAAAAGAACACUCAAUAUUUUACUUCUUGUUUGUGGAUGUGCAACGAUAUUAAUCUAUAUCCGCAUAGUAUAG